GCGGGCUGAACACAGGCAGGGUGAACCACGUCACAGUAGAUGAGACGGUUCUGUUGAGCAGGUUUAGGUGAAGAGGAGGAGCAGGAGGCCAUGGAGGCAGACAGCUCAGAGGACAUCGAGUCCCUCAUGGAGGACAUGGACUACAUCCCGGGUCACUUCCACCUGGAUCUCAAUCUGAACUGUGACCCGGUCGGACCCGUGAAGCUCCGGCACCGGGACACGUAUCUGAAACAGGAGAGUCUGCGAGGGGAGCUGGAGGCUGAGGUUGGAUAUCUGCAGUACGCCGUCCGGAACCUCCUGGGUCUGCUGGCCUUUCACCUGGACCACCUGGAAACAGCUGAGGAAACGUUCAGAAGCAUUUGUAAGGAGGACCCUGGGAACCUCAACGCUUGGGCCAACCUGGGUUAUGUGUACGAUAAACUGGGAAGAGAACUGGAUGCAGGAGAGUGUGUGGAGAAAGUGUCCUCGCUCAUGGGUUUGGACGCUGGGGAGGUGGCUCAGGCCGAGUCCAGGCUACUGGCCGCUCGCUGCCUGGCUGAACAGGCGUAUGUUUACCCCUAUGACGUGGACCUGGACAACGAGGACGACCUGAGAGACAGACUGACAGCGGCGUUGACGUUUUACAACAGAGCUCUGGCCUAUGGGGGUCAGCUGAUACCAAUGGAGGAAAAACGAAGCUGGUACUUCAAAAUGGCAACCAUUUAUAUAAGGUUAGACGACAUAGUUAAAACCAAAGAGGACUCUGAAUACUCUAGACUGUCUCACUACAAUAAGGGACUGAAGCUUCUGACAGAAACACUUCAGUCGGAGAAAGCGCAGCACAAAGGUAAACAUGCUCUGGCCUGGUGUUAUGUCGGCAUCAUGUUAGAGAGGAAAGACGAGUUCACCACUGUUCCGAUGUCGAUACAUGACUGUGGAUACUCUGCGUCGGACCCUCUGUCCUGCUACGGAACUGCCAUAAAUUUGGCCAGCGACAAUGCAUUCAUCCUGAACCUUCUGGCCAAAGUCUUCUUUCUGCUGAGCAAACAUGAGAUGGCCACAGGGAUCUGUAACAUGGCUCUGAAUGUGCUGCCGGAUCCAGAGCUCAACUGGCAGGCAUACUGCACCCGGGCCACGAUCAAUAUGAGGCUCUACGUCAGAGAGCUGGAGAAGGCCAAAAAUGGACAAGGUGGAUUCCCAGACAGACACAAAUUGAUUGAGGCCAAAAAAGACCUGGACAAGGUUGUAAGUGUUCGUCCAUGUCUGAGGACUCACCUCCAGAUGGCGCAGGUGUUUUACUACAUGGGUGUGGAUGCGCUUCAGGAGAGCCUUCUGGUGGAUGAGGAGGCAGUGAACAGUGCGUUGGUGAGCCUCUCCCAGGCCCUGCAGUUCCAUCUGGGCGACACCUUACCAGACCUGCACGUGCUCAGAGGGCGCUGCCUCCUGUUGAAAGGCGAGGAGCAGAACGCCGCAGACUGUUUCAAACGCGCCCUGGAGUUAGAGAAGCCCGGAAGCAGAGACACCACGGCCCUACACUGCCUCCUUCAGGCCCUGCUGGCUCUGUUCAUGCAGACCGGCCCCGAUCCCGGCCCCGCCAUCACCCAGCUGGAGCUGUGGGUGCACAAGGCCGAGGAGAUGUACCCUGAGGAGACGGUGAAGGCAGAACUGAAGCACCUUUACAGGACGCACACAGCAGAGGUCACAGAGUUGGCCAAAGCUCUGAUCAGGAAAGGUCGACUGGAUCUGGUGAGGAAGCUGCUGCAAACUGUGGUGCCCAAACAGACGGCUAAAAAGAGGCCGAUUGCAAAGUCUUUCUCUCUGACUUGAAGAGAAUAUAUUGUUUAUUGAUCAAACCAGGCCAGACAUACAGUAUUUCACUCGGUUCCUGCACGAUUCCAUUUCAAUAUGCCAUACUGUUCCAGACUCAAAGACUCCAACUUCUCGGUAGAUUUUUCAGACCAUAUUUGACACGCAAGCGCAAAAAGACAGAUGUUUAUUGUGUAAAUAAAUGUUUUCAACAUCCAACUUUUUAUAUGUAUGUUGUAUUCUGAUUUUGCUGCUAAAUAUUUGAUUAGAUUGAUUAGCCUGUAGCUCAGUGCUGUUGCUUAUGUGAAUGAGUAAACACCAAACUAUGAAUACCGUUCCAGGUGUAGGAGUGUACCUGCAGAUGUACAGCAUUCUUACUUUUCACUAUAUCAACACUCUGUCACUUACUGUCACAUUUUAGCUGCACCCAACCACAGGAAAACAUUCAACUUGUAUGAUAGCUUUGAAACAUACUCGAUUCCUAUCUGGAUCUGGAAACUGCCCUCCAUGCUGUGUCAAAAUGCUGUUUAAUCGCAGCAAGGAUGUGUUUUCUUCACUUCUUUUUGUUGUCAUUUAUCAUCAGAUACAAUCAUACAGUCAAACUUGUUUCUACAUUAGUCCAGCAACAACGCAAAUACAUGUUAGUUCUAGCACAGGGGUUCCCAAAGUGGGGUAUGUGUACCCCCAGGGGUACUUGGAAGAAGCCCAGGGGGUACUUGAAAUGUUUUGGGAAAAAUACAUU